AACCUACUUCCGUGCGGGCGCCAACCGCGGUCGCGACUCCACCGCACUGUAGUACUGGCGAGUACGUACAACGCUUAUCUAUGACGCUCAGUGAUGAACUGUUUCACGAAAACACAGAACCUGUUGCGGUCUACCGCCCGUUCUGAAUGGACACUAAUGUUAUAUGCAGGGGACGUUUGAGCGAAAUGUUUUACGGUACUGCCAAGGCAAGUCAACAACGAAUAAUGACACUCAGCCGCGGCCCGUGUGACCUCGACAACAUGAGUCUGUUUCAAGACCUCAAAUUAAAGAGGCGGAAAGUUGACUCCCGAUGUAGUAGUGAUGAUCUUAGUCCAUCAGCGAGCAGCAUGUCAGGAACAUCGGCGAUCGCGAGUGCGAGCUCUCUUUCAAUUCCUCGUCCUGAACUACGCGCGUAUGCUCCAGAAACCGAGCGCGACGAGGAUGAACAACCUAUGAUUUGUAUGAUAUGUGAGGACAAAGCGACUGGAUUACAUUACGGCAUCAUCACGUGCGAAGGUUGUAAAGGCUUCUUCAAACGGACUGUGCAGAAUCGACGGGUUUACACAUGCGUUGCUGACGGUGGUUGUGAAAUCACGAAGGCGCAAAGAAAUAGAUGCCAAUAUUGCCGGUUUAAGAAGUGCAUUGAACAGGGAAUGGUAUUACAAGCUGUACGAGAAGACCGCAUGCCGGGUGGCCGUAACAGUGGCGCAGUGUACAAUAUGUAUAAGUAUAAAUAUAAGAAGCAUAAAAAAACUAACGCAAAAGCAGCGACAACAACGAGCAGGGCAUCACCGCCGGAGAAGCCUAAGGACCCUCUUCCACCGAUCCCACCGCACCUCGUCAACGGGACCAUACUUAAGACUGCAUUGACCAACCCUAGCGAGGUGGUACACUUGAGAGCGAGACUGGAGAGCGCAGUAUCAUCGUCGCGGGAUCGAGCGGUCCCUCUAGAGAGAGCGCUGCACAUGAUCAGGGCAUUGAUCGACUGCGACGCGAUGGAGGACAUCGCUACCGUGCGCCAUCUACCGGACCUCCUGCACGACACAUCCGAGAUCGGCGAUAAGCUGUGCAGGAUCGGUGACUCGAUUGUCCACAAAAUGGUCGCUUGGACGAAAAAAUUACCAUUCAUCAUGGAAAUCCCAAUGGAGAUCCAUUCAAAGUUACUAAUGGAGAAAUGGCACGAGAUCUCAGUGAACGCCAACUUACGGACGCUACAGAACUGUCUGACGUCACUAAUGGGGCGGCCGAUCACGCUGGAACAGCUGCGGCUCGACGUCGGCCUCGUCGUUGAGAAGAUGACGCAGAUCACCUGCGUGUUCCGUCGCAUACAACUGCGCAUGGAGGAGUACGUCUGCCUCAAAGUCUACAUCCUCUUGAAUCAAGAAGUAGAACUGGAAGGCAUUCAAGACCGUUACGUUCAAGUUCUUCGCAGCUACUUGGAGCACGCGGCGCCUCAUCAUCCAGGGCGGCUGCAGGAAUUAUUUGCGAGGAUACCAGAGAUCCAAGCGGCGGCGAACCUGUUGCUGGAGAGCAAAAUGUUCUACGUGCCGUUCGUGCUCAACUCCGCAGAGAUCAGAUAGUACAUGGCCCAGCAGGGCGUAUAGUUCUCGAUGUACGAGACCAGCGCCCCGCGACCGCGCCGCGCCACCGUCUUAUGAUCGCCCCAGACUGGAGACCGCGGUCUCGGCCUCACCCGCCACUGGGGAACGGGCGCGCCGCGGACUGAGACCACGUCUGAUCUCGAGACCUUAAAUAAAUAAAUUUGCGGACACACAGGUGACGCAGUGACUAAAUAAUGAAAGACAGUGUUCACAAGUGAGACAGUGCGUUAUACCUUUGUUGAGUCGAUGUGUGUAUUGGUUUAUUGUUUAUUAGAGGAAUUAAAACGUCCCAAUCGACAGACUGAUUUAUGAUUAAACUAGCUAUUAUUUUAUAGAUAACCAGGGACUUGAAUGCGUGUUUUAUACGUGGUAGUGUAUACUACUUAGUGUUAUUAUAAAUAGAUUAAAUAUAUAAUUAUGUUAUUAUAUAACUUUUUUCGUCAAUCGGAGAAUCGCAUAAUAUAUUAUUUCUGUAAAUAUAGAGUAACCUUAACGGUGUAGCGUAUAAGGAGUUGUUUUUUUUAAACAGAAUUGUUUCUUGUAAAUGAAAUAUUGCUGUUUUAGUUUGCAUUUUAUACUGUCUAGUGUAAGAGCCGUAGGGUAAUUGCUGGGUGUGUAAUAUUGAUUCUUUUAUUUCUUAUUUAAUUUUAUGAUGAUUUUGUUCUUAAUGUAAGUAGCACUAAGUACCUACUCUCAGUGUUUACCAAGACUGCUUGUAUACAACUAUACUGUUUAUACACUAACAUACGUUUGGCGCGGGUUGUACCGCGUUUUCUUUAUAGUCACAACUUUUGCAUUUUUAUUGCCAAUAUUUCUUGUAACACAUGCGCAAGUUCUGUGCUCUGAGCGAUACACUUCUCUUUGUUCUGGUCUAAAUAGAUAUGUAAGGGGCUGUUGAGGACUUUUUAAGAAGGUACCGUGAUGAUCGCCGCGCGCCGCUUUCGGAGUACCGCGGCGAUUUCCACGCCGUUUCCUUCUCAUUCUUUGGACAUUCAAUAUUAUAUCGCUUCCAUUGAUGUGUUCAAGUUGUAAUGCAUGCUCAAAUCUUUAAAACUAUAAAUUCAGAUUCAUGUUUCAUUUCAUAGCUACCACUUGUUUUUCUCCACAUACCAUUUUUCACAAAGAGUAACGAGCAUCAUACGACAGUGUAAUACCAGAAAUAAAGUUUAUGCGGACCUUAAUUGUACCCACCGGAAAAUUCUUAUUAAUUGGUCAGUUGUCAAUUAUAACACAGUCGUCUGUAAAAUUAUAUACAUUUCUUAUAUCAAUGUUUAGACAAUACUUGUGUUUGAAUGAGACAAAGUAAAGAUGUGAUUCGAAGACCUUUGAUACGAAGUUGUAAUUUUUUUAUCUGUAUAGCUUGCAGUCAACUGGAAUAAAGUUGUUAUAACAUACAAAACAAACGCUAAAACAUAAAAGUAAAAUGCAUACUUAAAACGAAACUUUACUUCCGUCAACUAAGAUCGCAAUAAAAGUAAAUAUCCGAGGUACGAAUAGGAACUUUCAAAAUGAAAUUUGUACGAUAAUUUAAAUAAAAACUUAAUCUACGUGUUUGAUAACGAUUUGUGGUUAAAAUGUAAAUUUUACAGACAAUAAAUUAUAAAUAAAAUGUAAUUGUAAUUUUACACUUUUUUAACAAUGUAAAAUGGGCCUUUUAAUAAACGGUCGCCAUCUUUAAUAAUGUAUGAAGUAAUUAUAAUACCGAUGGAUAUCAGUGUCAGUCUUUAUUCAAGCCAGAAGCAUUGUAAAGCGAUCCAUAUUGUGCUCCAAACCAUUGUUAUAUCAUCCAUAAGUUUCUGUAACCAUUCAUUGACUAAUUUCUCAUUCAUUGUUCAUUUGUAUAUGAAGUACUGUUGCAUUCCCUUAGUUUCCAUUUACAUCUUUACUAAUCUCUCCAACAUCAAAAGGGUCAUAGAAAUAACAGAUAAAACUAAAAAAAACUAAAGAAAACUGUUUUAUAAGUAUUACUAUAAACAUAAUUGACUAAAUGUUUUUCGUUACUAUUCUAACCUAAAAGUUAUUGUAAUCUUUUGAAGUGUCAUUUACAAAUAUCAAUACGGUGAUCCCGCUAAUUACGUGUAAGUUGUAUUUCUGUGACUCUAAAAUAUCAUUAACUUCAUAUUUGUCGCAUUAUUCAUAAAGAUUUACUAACGUUUAGUCGUAAUUUUAAACAGAUAAAUAAAAUAAGGAGCUCUUUUGACUAAUUGUUCUUAAAAAUAGUGUUAAUUUCCCGCGACACUGUCAGACAUCACUGCCUGUAUUUUUAAAGUUAUUGCCGUUAUCGUUAAUUAAAAUGUUCGUAUUAAUCGUUAAUAUUAUGAAAUUGUAAUAAACGUUCCAGCAACGGUGAACAGUUACCAUUAGAUAUAGGUCGGCAGAAAUACGCCGCGUAUAAAUUAAGUAAAAAAAAACCAAAAAGUUCGUUCUAGGGACUUAGGUUCUAGGUAAAUUCCUUUCCGCGUUUUGUCUGUAUGGUUUAACUCUUCAAACUAGUGUAAUUAAAUUGCCCCAAUUAUUAUUACUUCAGCGAAUUUUUAUACAAAGUCCAAUUUCUACAUUUCGAAAACAAUUAAUAAAUGACCAACAAUAAAAUAAAUAUUCGAGAUGUAAAGUAUUAUUUACAUAAAGCAAUCGGACUUGUCAAUUUCUUAAAUUCUCUAAUGCCGAAUUAUAAUUCAAAUUACUUUUUUUUCAGUUACAGAUUUUGUGUAAUUUAAUUUACUUAUAAAAAAACUGGAAGCACAUAAAACACAACGUUUGUAAAUGUUAUAAAUAACGCUUCAUUUCCUUAGUCGGGUAAACAUCAUAAGUUACAUAAACUAUGUGGUCAAUUGAUUUUACAAAUAUUAUGUAAUUAGAGAAUCCUGUUACCUGAACGUGCGAGAAGCGUCCGUUCCUCAACGUGUUACCAUUAGUUAAGUCUUAGUGGGUAUGUGUUUUGUACAUUGUUAUUAUUAGAUUUCGAAUACAACCAGUUACGAUACUGCCAUCAAAUGCCUAAAUAGUUUUUCGAUUAAUUUCGUUAUAUACUUUAAUUACGUUUUUCUAUUAAGUUAAUGACAUUCGCGAAAUUAUUAGUUAAAUGUGAUAAAAGAACAGUGAUAAUAUAUUGGGAAUACAUGCGCGAAUUGUCUACGACCCAGACAGUAGUGCACGGUUCUAACGCCUGGUCUACGACGGGCCCACGUCUCGUAGCCGCCGGUACGGCUACACGCCGGCUUUACACUCGCGCGAGCUUUUAACAACAGAACCCUCCCGUAAAUUGGGUAACUACAUAUAUUUAUUUAUUCAAUUUUAACUAACUUAAAUUAUAAUUAAUUAGUUCUUAAAUAUAACGCCAUCAGAACGACGGUGGUAAAUCUAAAGUCUGAGGUAAAGAUGCCUUCAUAGAUUUUUAAACAUUGUAAUGAGGGAAAUCGUAAAGAUAACUAUAGUCGCAAAUCGUGCAUCAUUCUACUAAAUAUGUUAACGGUAUGUUUAAGUAAUAUUGACACUUAUUUUGUUAGUAACCUAGCUUAAAGAUAAGAUGAAACUAACGGCAGUGUAUCAGAGAGGAGUUAGAUGUAAGGAUGUUAUUGGCGUUGUACAAAGGAUAGUAUUGUUAAUAAAUAAACGAUGAAAUUGGCGCAUUACUGUCGAGUACCUAAUUAGAUUAGUACACGAGCCCCCAGAGGCUAUACAUUUUGUCAAAUAUAAAUGUAAAUACAAAAUUAUACACGACGCAUAUUCACUUUUCAUGUCUCUACCGAGUUAUUAGGAGCCAUAACACCACUUGGACUAACAGUAAUAAAAUCAUAACGAGCUUUCUCAGAUACUUUUUAUUUUCAUUGGACAGAUUAUAUAAUUUCACUAUACUUUCCUUUAAAAUUUAUUUUUUUCUGUAAUAGAAGUUGACGAGUCAAUAAUUUCGAAUUUAUAUUUAUAUAAUACAGUGUAAAAACAACAUAUACAUCAUCGAUUAGUAAUGACACAGCAAGCUUUGUAUAAACCAUACAUACUUAUAAUAGAAGUCGGAACCUUUAUUAAUGAAUCACAUAACUUGUUGCGAAGUUGACUAAGAGUUAAGAUCUAAAUAAUAUGGCGAAAAUAUUUUGACUGAUAUAAAUAAUUAGUAAUGUAAACGUAAUGAUGUUAAUAUAUUUAUAAGAAUGUAACAAAAAAAAACUUAAUGCAUUUCUCACUUUCUUUACAGUCCAUAAGAGAAUAAAUUAAUUACGUCUAAGAUAUUGUGACGAAAUAUUUUCACAUUCAUAAGUAAGGUAAGGUUUGUUGUGUAUAAUAAUAUCGUUUCGUGUACUUUUGUGUAAAAGAAAGUUUGAAAUUUGUGUACAUUAGACAAUGUAAUUAGUUACAGUUUAACAAGUGUAAAGCUGUAAGAGAAUAUAUAUUUGGAAACGUUGAGUGUUUGUUGUAUGUAACUACAUGUCGCAGAGGGACUUUUCAACCCUAAGUAUGCAUACUAUAAUAUACAUAAUAAAUAUCUAUUUGACGAGUUAUACAUCGUUUAUUAAAAUAAUUGUGUUUUCUGUUACGGUUACACAAACAAACACGUUUCGCUUUUUAAUGAUUUUAUCAUUUCAGUCCGUUCUAUGGUGUAGGCCUUUGUCAACUGUAAUAAAUAUGCAACUUAAGUAUGACACCCACUUUUAUAGCUCCACAAUCUCACUGAAAGUGCCACUGAGAAACGCACGUAUAUAUUAGCUGCCAUUAUGUCAAUAAUCAGAGUUCGAUGUGGUUGAGUGUGCUGUAUCUCACAUAUUUAUAUAGUUGGGCUCGCUCAAUAUCAAGACUUAUCGCUUUCAGACUUAGCUAGUACGUUUAAGUAUUACGAUACCUUAGGGUUCUAUGUUUACGUGUAGCAAGUCACAUUAGUUGCUGUUCGAUGUAUCUUUCUUGAUGGUUAAAAGGCUAUUAUUAUAAUAUAUUUCGACCAAAUUAAGGAUCAUAUUGAGUGUAUGAAGUGUUUCGAGAAGUUGUGACUCGUCCCUUUCGAGUGGUGCGCCGGCUGUUAGUCAAGCGAUCGUGUUCUGGUUUGCCAAGAGGAGUUACCUACAGUUGUGUUUAGUUAGCGAUGCAUAACGUGUUUGUACUUUAAUUUGUUUUUUAGUUGUACUCUUGGAAAUCAAUGGUUAAUAACUUAAGAAAAUAAAAUGUAUGUGAAAUA